UUAGUAUAAAUAUAUUUAUACUAUAGUAUAAAUAGCCUGAUUAAAGUCAUACUCUGAGCGGCUGGACCCCCUGUGGCCAGAUUCUGUUUGGUGUGUUCCGCAGAAAGCAGCAUCAUGGCAACUGUCCUACUGUGCGUGCUGGUUUGGACAGCGUUUGCCUGGUCUCCAACCCGCGCCCACCUCAACGAAACCAUCUACGCCGUGACUGUGAGCUCCAGGGUGACCGGAGGGGCAUCUGAGACGCUGUGCGCCCACGUCCUCUCCUCCCCGGAGCCGCUGGCCCUCAGGGUGACUCUGGAGGCGCAGUCCGGGAGCACCGUCAUCCUGGAGGAGACGGUUUCCACGGAUUACUACGGCUGCUCCACCUUUCAGGUUCCCAUUGUGACCAGCAGCACGGUGGCCACGGUCAAUGUGACCAUCCAGGGGGAGAGUGCCGUCAUGAGCAAGGAGACCAAGGUCCUCAUCGCCCCUCCAGCCUUCCUUCAUCUGAUCGUGACGGACAAGCCGCUCUACAAGCCUGGACAGACUGUCCAGUUCCGGAUCGUCUCCAUGGACGCUGGCUUCAUCCCUUUCAAUGAGCUGUAUAAAACAGUUGAGCUUCAGGACCCCAACAGAAACCGCAUCGCGCAGUGGCUGGAUAGGGCCGCCGUCAGUGGCAUCCUGGACCUCUCUCACCCCAUGAGUCCAGAGGCCGCCCAGGGACCCUACACCAUCACCGCCUGGACGGAGAAAGGAGAGAGCACCUCUCGCUCCUUUGACAUCAAGGAAUACGUUUUGCCAAAAUAUGCCGUCAACAUUAGACUACCUAAUGUCAUAAAUAUUUUACAACAAGAAGUCCCCAUACAAAUUUGUGGAAGAUACACCUAUGGAAAGCCUGUCCUUGGGUCCAUCAAGGUGGUAGUUUGUAGAGAGGGCCAGGGCCAUUUUGUACGGCGUUAUCCUGUCCCGCAAGAAGACAUCUGUGUGACAUCACAACUGCAGACGGACAGAACGGGCUGUGCAGCGCACUUCAUUAGGGUAUCAGAAUUUGGCCCAAGAGAUAAAAUGUACCGGGACAUGUUUGAGGUGACGGCUGAAAUGGAGGAGUAUGGCACUGGGGUGAUCAUUCAAGCCAGUGGCCAAACGCCCUUCUCUGUUAAUGUCAGAGAACUCACAUUUGAGAAUGUUGCAGAUAAUACUGCCUAUAAGCCAGGGAUCCCAUUCGAGGGCAAGGUCAAGCUGACUGGAAUAGACAGGAAGGCGGUGGGGGACGAGGUGGUAUAUCUAUACGUGGACGUCAAUGCAGCGUCGUACAACCUCACGCUUCUGACCCAAGACAACGGCAUGGCUUCUUUCUCCCUGGACACCUCCCUGUGGAAGAACAGCGUGGUUCUUACGGCAAGCUCUAGACCCAAGGAAGAACAGCAGUCAUUUGUGCGUGGGGAAGCCCUGCCUGCACACCCCUCGGCAGUACUGACCAUGAGGCCGUUCUACUCUAAGAGCAAGAGCUUCGUGAAGAUCUCAGCCAACGGCCACAAGAGCCUCUGUGAGGGGCAGUCCCAGGUGGGCGCCCAGUACAUCAUCCAGGGCGAGGAGCUUAGGCCGGGGCAGGAGGAACUGCCCUUCUACUACACCGUGAUGUCCAAGGGUGCAAUAAUGAGGUACGGCCAUCUUCCAGUUGCUGUAAAAGAAGGAAUCGUCAACAAAGGAGUGCUAUCCAUCCCCCUGCUUGGAAAAGCUGCCCUCAGCCCAUAUGCCCAAGUGGUGGUGUACACUUUGAUGCCAAGUGGGGAGGUGUUGGCGGAUAACAAGGACUUCCCAGUGGACCAGUGCUUCGAGAAUAGGGUGAAGCUGGAGUUCUCAGCAGAUCGAGAGCUGCCUGGAGGAGAGACCUCGUUUCGCCUGGAGAGCCAGCCAGGAUCCUUGUGCUCCGUCAGGGCGGUGGACCAGAGCGUCCUUCUGCUGCAGCCGGAUCAGGAGCUCAGCGCUUCUUAUGUGUUCAACAAGCUGCCUGUGCAGAAGCUGAGUGGCUUCAGCUACCGAGUGGAGGACCGUGAGCCGAAUCCCUGCUCACAGUUCGGGCAAGAGAUGGAGAGAUCCACCGCGAAGGACGACGUCUACAGUGUUUUUAAAGAAAUUGGAAUAAAACUUGUGACCAACUCUGAGGUGAAGAAACCAGCCACCUGUGUGCACCGUAUGUAUUAUAGGCAUAAAGUUCGUUAUUCCGACUCAUCGAGACACCGGGGAAAUCGGCAGAAAAUAGAAACUGUGAGAAGCUACUUCCCUGACACCUGGAUCUGGGAGCUGAUCGCUGUCGGAGACAGCGGGUCGGUGAGCGUGGUGAAGACGCUCCCUGACACUAUCACCAGCUGGCGGGCCCAGGCCUUCUGCACCUCCUCCUCCCUGGGCUUCGGCCUGUCCCGGGACACGGCGCUGGUGGCCUUCCAGCCCUUCUUCGUCAGCCUGACGCUGCCCUACUCGGUGGUCCGAGGGGAGGUGUUCACGCUCAGAGCCACCGUCUUCAACUACCUCCCUAGCUGCAUCAUGGUCAGGGUCCAGCUGAGCAACUCGUCCCACUUCUCCCUCAGAGAGUGUGCGGACUGCCAGUACACCAUGUGUGUGUGUGCAGAGGAGAGCAGGGUUUUCCAGUGGGAGGUCAGCCCCUCCUCCCUUGGGGAGGUGACCCUGGAGGUCCGGGCCGAGGCGCUGCACACGGAGCAGCUGUGUGGGAACGAGGUGGCGCCCCCGCCCACGGUGGGCCGGGUGGACACAGUGGUGCGCAAACUACUGGUGGAGGCAGAAGGCACCCCAGUGGCUGUUACCCACAAUGCACUCCUCUGUCCUGGAGCAGAGAAGCCAGCAGAGAAGAACAUCUCUCUCCUGCUGCCAGACCUGUUUGUGGCUGGUUCUGCCAGGGCCUCUUUCUCUGUGUUGGGGGACCUGAUGGGCCGGGCCAUGAAGAACCUGGACAAACUGCUGGCCAUGCCGUACGGCUGCGGGGAGCAGAACAUGAUCCUGUUCGCCCCAAACAUCUACAUCCUCAACUACCUGACCAGCACCGCACAGCUGACACACGCCAUCAAGGAGCGGGCCACGCGCUUCCUGGAGAGCGGCUACCAGAGAGAGCUCACCUACCGGCAUGACGAUGGCUCCUACAGUGCUUUUGGCAAGAGCGAUGCGUCUGGAAACACCUGGCUGACUGCCUUUGUGAUGAAGUCGUUUGGCGGCGCCAAGCCCUACAUCUUCAUCGACCCCAAACUAAUCGUGGACUCCAGAACCUGGCUGCUCAGCCACCGGCGGCAAGAUGGAUGCAUCACAUCAGUUGGAAAACUGUUUCACAACGGCAUGAAGGGCGGGGUGAGCGACGACGUGUCUCUGACCGCCUACAUCACGGCUGCACUGCUGGAGCUGGAUGCAGCAGACCCCAUGGUGUCGGGGUGCCUGCAGUGCCUGAGAGUGGCAGUAGCGGGAAAGCUGGAGAACAUGUACACCACAGCCCUCCUCUCCUACACCUUCACCCUGGCAGGGGACCAGCAGACCAGGGCCGCGCUCCUCACCGCUCUCCACCAGCGCUCCGUCACAGACGGGGGCACGCGCCACUGGAAGCGGGCGGAGGCCUCUGAGAAGGUUCUGGACUCCCUGGAGGUUGAGAUGACGGCCUACGUACUGCUUGCGGUUCUCUCCGGACCCCCGGUGCCGGGCUUCGACCUAGACUAUGCCUCCAGCAUCACACGCUGGCUCAUCCAACAGCAGAACCCCUACGGCGGCUUCGCCUCUACGCAGGACACGGUGGUGGCCCUCCAGGCCCUGGCCCGCUACGGCGCUGCCACCUACAGCUCGGAGGGUGCCUGCGUGGUGGGGCUGAGCUCGCUGGGCGGGGCCAGCUGGCAGUUCACCGUGGACCAGAGCACCCGGCUGCUGUACCAGGAGCAGGCGCUGGACCGCCUGCCCGGGGACUACCGCAUCACGGCCCAGGGGCAGGGCUGUGUCCAGGCACAGAUCGCCAUGCGUUACAACAUCCCCCCUCCUGGUGACUUCAGUUCCUUCCACAUCGCCGCAACAACGACCGCUGUGUGUAACAGCACCCGGCCCACACUGACCAUCAGAGUGGACCUCAGGUACCAAGGUAGGAGAGAGGAGACCAACAUGGUGAUCAUCAACCUCAAGCUCCUGUCAGGCUAUGGCCUUCAGCAGAGCACUCUGCAGGAGCUGAAGAGAGAGAGCAGUGUGAAGCGUGUGGACUUUGAAGAGGGCUACAUCAACAUCUACCUCGACGGCCUGAAGAAGGAGGUGUUGAGGAGCUACAGCGUGACCCUAGAGGAGGAGGAGGCCGUCAGGAACCUGAGGCCGGCCGUGGUGAAGGUGUACGACUACUACCAGACAAGUGACGAGGCAGUGGCAGACUACUCCUCCCCUUGUGCGGAGCGUGAUGAUGUGAAUGAUCUACUAUUGGAACGAUCGGAGCCACCAACAAGAAGCACAUCAAUCAAAUUAAAGCCGGACUAAUGGUUGUGCUACAUUGUUAAUUGUAGCCAGUGAAUUCUUUGAAUGACAUGAGAUUUAAUUCCAACAUAUACACUUUAAAAAAGAGGAAAUUGACUAAAUGACAUGCAUUCAAGAAAGCCAAUGUUUAUUCAAUUACAAUUCUGUCUUUUAAUCGAUAAAGAUAAUCCAUCGUUUCCAUUGGCGUGACAGUGAGCUAUGAAACAAGGUACCGUAAACACAAUAAUGGUCUAACAGUCGACUGGGAUUAAAUGGAUCCGAACGACGGAAACAAACCAAUAUUACAAAACAGCUUAGGUAGAAGCUGUUCAGCCUGUGCAGCCUUUGUCUGCACAGGCUGGGUGAUUACAGGUGAAUUGUGAUUGUGAUUUCAUGUAGUGUGCCUUGUUCUACAUUUUAUUCUCUUUCUAACAUAUUAUAUUAAUUCAUCACUACCAUAGUUUAAAUUUCGCCACAAUAAUAUCUUUAAAUGACAAAAUACAAAUAUCUGUUUCCCUCGUACAACACUGUUUGAUUUUCAAUGGAACCCAUCUUUUUUAGAAAGUUUGGAUCCAUUUUGGUUUAUAUAAAAUGUGUUUGUGUGUCCUCUGUUGGCUCCCUUUUUAAAUACAAACAAACAAGUAGAACAUGUAGAAAUUAAUUAUCCAACCCUUACAUACUAAACCUCUUAAUAAAAUACAUGUGAAAUGUA